AACAUUUUAGCAGGUCAAAAUCAAACAAAACAAGUUAAGAGUCAAGAGCUUGCUGCAAUACUUCAUAUUUGAAAACCAUCAAGCGUUAUUAUAGGUUCAUGGCUGCCUACCCUUCUGAGCCAAACCCUUUACUGCUGCUGCUAAUGAUCUCUCUUUUGGUUGGUUCUGAUUUGGUGUUGGUUGACGCUGGUACCUUUUACCAAGAUGUUGAUAUCAUAUGGGGAGACGGACGAGCUAAAAUACUCAACAAUGGCAAUCUUCUAACACUUUCCCUUGACAGAGCAUCUGGCUCAGGUUUCCAAUCCAAGAAUGAGUAUCUCUUUGGCAAGUUUGAUAUCCAACUCAAGCUUGUCCCUGGCAACUCUGCUGGCACUGUUACUACUUUCUAUCUUCACUCACAAGGGUCAGCAUGGGAUGAGAUUGACUUUGAGUUUUUGGGCAAUUUGAGUGGUGAUCCUUACUUAGUCCAUACUAAUGUGUACACUCAAGGAAAAGGUGACAGAGAGCAACAAUUCUACCUCUGGUUUGAUCCAACAGCUGAUUUUCAUACCUAUUCAGUCCUCUGGAAUCCAAGACAUAUUGUAUUCUAUGUUGAUGGGAGACCAAUAAGGGAAUUCAAAAACAUGGAAUCAAUUGGAGUCCCAUACCCCAAAAGGCAAUCAAUGAGGAUGUAUGCAAGCAUAUGGAAUGCAGAUGACUGGGCUACGAGAGGGGGCCUUGUGAAGACAGACUGGACUCAAGCUCCCUUUACCGUUUCAUACAGAAACUUCAAUGCCGAAGCUUGUAUUGGGUCUAAUGGAGUCUCUUCUUGCAAUAACUCAACUAAUAACCGGUGGUACUCUCAAGAGCUGGAUUCUACAAGUCAAAAACAGCUGAAAUGGGUGCGGGAGAAUUAUAUGGUUUACAAUUACUGUGCAGACACUAAGCGAUUCCCUCAGGGCCUCCCUCUUGAAUGCAAUACCACCAAGAAGUAGGGGGAGUAUAGCUUGCUCACAUAUAGAGUUGUUCUUCCAUGUAAUUUCCAGUUUUCCAGAUUAGACAAUAUACUUUACAGGACAGGGUAUGAUGUAUAUAAAUAAAAUAUAUACCGUUCUCUUCGCA